AGGGGGGUGGGGCCGCGGGGCCGGAGGGGCUCGGGAGGCGGCUGCUGAGCCGGAGCCGGAGCUGGGCGCGGGCGUCUGAGGUCCGGGUGGCGGCGUCCGCAGCGGCGGAGAGGAUGGUGGCGCUGGAGGUAGGAGCAGCUGGAGCGGAGCUUUAUUCCCAGGUUUGGCACCGUCGCUGUCAUUAGCGCCGCCUGCUCCCGCGGGCCCGCGGACCCAGCUGUCAGGCAAGCCCAGCGCGGCAAAAUGAGAGCCCAGUAAGCCGGCUCCGCCCCUCUCCCAGCCUUCUCCCACGCCCACCAUGAACCACUUGGAGGGCUCCGCGGAGGUGGAGGUGCCCGACGAGGCGGCAGACGGGAAGGUGAACGAGUCGGUGGAGGCCGACCUGGAGCACCCCGAGGUGGAGGAGGAGCAGCCGGCCCCUCCGCUGCAGCACUACCCUGGCCGGCACCCGCGCGGGCGCGCCGUCGAGGACCUGCGGGGCGCGCAGCUUGGGCAGGAGGACGAGGAACGCGGAGAGAGCCUGGCACGCUCGGCCAGCACGGAGAGCGGCUUCCACAACCACACCGACACCGCCGAGGGCGACGUGAUCGCCGCUGCCCGCGACAGCUACGAUGCGGAGCGCGCGCAGGACGCGGAGGACGAGAGCGCGUACGCGGUGCAGUACCGCCCCGAGGCCGAGGAGUACACGGAGCAAGCGGAGGCCGAGCACGCCGAGGCCGCGCACCGCCGCUCGCUGCCCAACCACCUGCACUUCCACUCGCUGGAGCACGAGGAGGCCAUGAACGCGGCCUACUCGGGCUACGUCUACACGCACCGGCUCUUCCACCGCGGCGAGGACGAGCCCUAUGCCGAGCCCUACGCCGACUACGGCGGGCUACAGGAGCACGUGUACGAGGAGAUCGGGGACGCGCCCGAGCUGGACGCGCGCGACGGCCUGCGGCUCUACGAGCAGGAGCGGGACGAGGCGGCAGCUUACCGCCAGGAGGCCCUGGGUGCGCGGCUGCACCACUAUGACGAGCGCUCCGACGGCGAGUCCGACAGCCCCGAGAAGGAGGCCGAGUUUGCGCCCUACCCGCGUAUGGACAGCUACGAGCAGGAGGAGGACAUCGACCAGAUCGUGGCCGAGGUGAAGCAGAGCAUGAGCUCGCAGAGCCUGGACAAGGCGGCUGAGGACAUGCCUGAGGCCGAGCAGGACCUGGAGCGUGCCCCCACCCCUGGCGAGGGCCGCCCGGACAGCCCGGGGCUGCAGACACCGGUGGGGCAGCCUCGAGCAGCUGGUUCCGCGGGCGGCGGCGAAGGAGGACAGCGGUACAGCAAGGAGAAGAGGGACGCCAUCUCGCUGGCCAUCAAGGACAUCAAGGAGGCCAUUGAAGAGGUGAAAACCAGGACCAUCCGUUCGCCUUACACUCCCGACGAGCCCAAAGAGCCCAUCUGGGUGAUGCGCCAAGACAUUAGCCCCACCAGGGACUGUGAUGACCAGAGGCCAGUGGAUGGAGAUUCUCCAUCUCCUGGCAGUUCCUCACCCCUGGGGGCAGAGUCGUCAAGUACACCCCUUCAUCCCGGUGACCCUGAGGAAGCCUCCACAAACAAAGAGUCAAGAAAAAGCUUGGCUUCAUUCCCAACCUACGUUGAAGUUCCUGGACCUUGUGACCCUGAAGACUUGAUCGAUGGAAUCAUUUUUGCUGCCAAUUACCUUGGCUCCACCCAGCUGCUCUCAGACAAAACUCCCUCCAAAAAUGUGCGCAUGAUGCAGGCACAGGAAGCAGUAAGCAGGAUCAAGAUGGCCCAGAAAUUAGCCAAAAGCAGGAAGAAGGCUCCUGAAGGGGAAUCUCAGCCCAUGACUGAGGUGGAUCUCUUCAUCUCUACCCAGAGAAUCAAAGUAUUGAAUGCCGACACGCAGGAGACGAUGAUGGACCACCCUCUGAGGACCAUUUCCUACAUUGCAGACAUCGGGAAUAUUGUUGUGCUGAUGGCCCGCCGGCGGAUGCCCCGCUCCAACUCCCAGGAGAACGUGGAGGCUUCCCACCCCUCGCAGGAUGGGAAGAGGCAGUACAAGAUGAUCUGCCACGUCUUUGAGUCUGAGGACGCCCAGCUGAUUGCACAGUCCAUAGGGCAGGCGUUCAGUGUUGCAUACCAGGAAUUCCUCAGGGCCAACGGGAUUAACCCAGAAGACCUCAGCCAGAAGGAGUAUAGUGACCUGCUCAACACCCAGGACAUGUACAACGACGAUCUGAUCCACUUCUCCAAGUCGGAAAACUGCAAAGAUGUUUUCAUAGAGAAGCAGAAAGGAGAAAUCCUGGGAGUUGUGAUUGUGGAGUCCGGCUGGGGAUCCAUCCUGCCAACCGUGAUCAUAGCCAGCAUGAUGCAUGGUGGCCCUGCAGAGAAGUCAGGGAAGCUGAAUAUCGGGGACCAAAUUAUGUCCAUUAAUGGCACCAGCCUGGUGGGCCUGCCUCUGUCCACCUGCCAGAGCAUUAUUAAGGGCUUAAAGAAUCAGUCCCGAGUCAAGCUGAAUAUUGUGAGAUGUCCUCCGGUGACCACCGUGUUAAUCAGAAGGCCAGACCUUCGCUACCAACUGGGUUUCAGUGUCCAAAAUGGAAUUAUCUGCAGCCUCAUGCGAGGUGGAAUAGCUGAGAGAGGUGGCGUCCGAGUGGGACAUCGGAUCAUUGAAAUCAACGGGCAGAGUGUGGUGGCCACGCCCCAUGAGAAGAUUGUCCACAUCCUCUCCAAUGCUGUCGGGGAGAUCCACAUGAAGACGAUGCCAGCUGCCAUGUACAGACUGCUGACAGCCCAGGAGCAGCCCGUUUAUAUCUGAGCCUGCGCCUCACGCUCCUCCGAAGCGGCAUGCAUGGAGGACUCUCCUCAUCGUGGUUGUGUUUCUCGUGCUGCAUCCGUGUGUCCACUGAGACAUUUCCCUUCCCACCCAGCAUCCGGUCUUACACAGGAAGAGAAGAAUCCAGAAGGACCUCUGCUCUCUGUCUCCCGCUUUUUUUUUUUUUCCUUUGAUACCAGGGAAGUUUCCUGUGUGCCCCCUUGAGGAUGGAGAACAGUGAGCAUCCACCUGGGAUCUCCCCAAAACCUUCCUGGAGGGCCUUUGGGGGUCCUGAGGUGGCUGUCACUGCCGAAGGGAGGUCAUCUCUCCCCAGGAGGUUCAGACCUCCCGGAAGGAGCUCCAAGGGCAGCACAGAAGCUGACUUAGCAGUGCCUAAACCCAGUUGCUCACCUCUGCUCCCCUGGAGACAUUUGAUGGGAAUACGGUGGUGAGGGGCCCAGCCUCAUCAUCACAUAGGGAUACGCACUGCCCAUCCUUCAUGGACUGGGGCCCUAUACAUUAUUUCCACCCAGAAUUUCUGAGCACCUUAAACCUCUUCCUUGGCUGCUUUUAGUUUCAACAUGUAUAUGUUCUCAUGUGGGGCCUUCUCACCCAAGGCUAAAAGGGGAAAUGCUGCCCUCAGAUGAGGCUCCCAGAGUACUGCAGAGAGCCUGGUGAUUUGCAGGCCUUGUGAAGCCUCAUCAGGUGGUCUGGAAGUUACCAACCAGUAGAUGGCCACAGGCGUCGCUGCCUCUGUAUAUUAUAUACACUCCCACAGAGACAGUCUCACUCGUUCAUCACCCCUUUCUCCCACCACCAGUGAGGCGAGCUGAAAUCUGGAAAGCCUAUAGCACAUCGCUGGGAGAUCCCUUGCACCGGCAGGAGGUUAGGCUGCAGGGCCUGGUCAGCCUUGUCCUGAGAGGGAUGCUCGCCCUCUCAAGACCACCUUGACUUAGUAUGUCCUCUUAGCGUCAGUGAACUGUUCCCCUAGAAGUCAGUGAUGUGGGGGUUCCCAGUGCCACGUUUCCUAUCCUGAGUAGAGACCAGCCUUCUUUUCUGCUCUGUUAGGGCACUAGACUGGAUAUGGUGUUUGAAAGGCCACAAAAGACCCUAAGGCACAAAACUAAGGAGACAGUAAUGACCUCAAGUGAUGCCUAGGUGUGUUCCGGGAACAUCAACUUACUCCCUCAUGGGUCUGAGUUUCCAGAUGCUGUGGAACAUCGUUUCCAUCAGGUGCCUCACAUUUAUGAUUCCAUCUCAGUUCAGUGCAGGUGUUUUAGUAAUAUUAUUCUGAGCCACUUUUCACUUAUUCUUGGUCCAAAGAGCAUUUUGUUUUCAUGUGAGGUAUGUUUUUUUGUUGUUGUUAUUAUUAUUGUUUUGUUUCACUCAUGACCUCAGUAGAAACAGGGGAAGAAAAACUAAUAUAUUUUGUAAUAUUAAUAUAGUCCCUGUUCUCUGCAUCUGUAAUAUUUAUGUUAUGUCUGUAGAAAUAGAAAUUCAAUGAGCAAACAUUGGGUAGGAUGUAUUUGUAGAGAGAAUGGAAGGAUUUACAAGAAAGAGAAAAGUGAAUAUAA